AGAACGCGCGCGGCCUACGCAGCAGCGGUUCCAGACCGCGUUCGAGGUUUUAUUAGUUCUUCGGCUCUCGGCGAGGAAACGUGAGAAGGCGGUUGGUUCGACUUCGAUUGCGAAUAACGCUGGUACCCGGAGUGUCAGUACAAGAGAGUGGUGGUCCCAGCACAAACAGUGAACAACCGAUUGUAUUCAUAGUUGCGAAACGGAAUCAAGUUCCUCUAAACCUACGAGUGCUUUAAAUUGUCACAGUGCCGGAGUAUCGAUGUUGUGAAGUUGACUCUUCAGUGUAACCAUUUUCGAUUCUAGACCAUUUUUAAUCAGCUUAAUUGAACAGUGCGAAUGGGAGAUAACACGAUGUCAUCUGUCAUGGUGAAUCGGCACCGAUGCAGGGGUUAAACGGUCCUAGUGCAGGUGGAACCAGAAGAUCGAUUCGGUUCGGCAACGCCGGUUCGACGAUUCGACGAUUCUUGAAGCGAGUUCAAUUAUUCGAAAAUGUUGUUCUUCGUGAACGUCAAUAUCAUUUGUGACAACUUCUCACCGCCUGUUGUGACAAUUUCGACCUCAGUUAAUAGUGACUAGACACGACGACGAUUAUAGUUUUCACUCCGGAGUUUAUUUGAUACAGUUAGUGACCAGUUUAUCAGCCAGUGUCGCGCUUACCAGUUUAUAUUGGAAUACUUAAAAACAAGGUUGGUGCGCAGGUAGCAGUUGGUGAUCUUACGAAAGGUGAAAGGUGAAUAUCGCGGUAGUAAGAGUGUCGUUGCGAGUGGUGCGAGCCCUGAGAAUUGGCAAAGUAAUCUUGUUAUGACCGGGAAUCGAGAUACAGAAAGAUGCCCGCGGUCCAGCGCUCGGAAUCUCUGAGAUCGCGGAUCGAGCCGGCCGAGGAAGCAGGAUCGACUUCCGCUCAGGCCAAUUCUCUGCCGCCAAUUUUACCCGUGGCUUCCGGUUCCGGUGGCAAACCCGCCGAGCGCAGCGUUUCCUUCAAUAGAGACGUCCACGUUAAGAGGAUAGGGCGUGAGACUCCCCGAGUAACCUCAGCUCUGGUGGGUGACGGGGAAGGACGACUGAUCGCCACUCCAGUGCGCAAAGAACGCAUAACCAGCAGAAGCAAGGAGGACCUAGCCCAAGAGGCCGCCCUGAUACUCGAACAGGUCGGUAAUUUGAAGUGCAUUGCGCGAGACAACAAGGUACCGUCUCUUCCUGGUAAAUUCAGCACCCUACCGGCAAGGAGGAACAAGAAACGACCGGAACUUCCAUUGGACGUCAGACGCCGGAGCGAGGAGAUCGGUGUUACCACUGAGGAUCUAGUCGAGAUACCGAAGGCAAAGAAAAAGGCGUUGGAGAGGAGCGCAAGCGAUGCUAGCGCCAGGAAGGUGAAGAAUCCUAUCGUCAAGUUGUUCUCACCUAAAUUGGAAAGGAAGGGUAAACCCGUUGCACGGAGUUACAGUGACGCGGGUACCUCAACGAGCAAUCGACCCCAACGCAAGCGGAGUGGUAGUGAGAGCGAAGAAAGUUCGCACGUGAGUGCGAUCAGAGCAAAGAAACAGCUGUCACCUAUAAUCGAGGCAUCGCCGCAGGUUGACGCCCCGCAACCUUUCAAUUUCAGCAAGACUUCGGAGGCGAAGAAAUCGAAGAAGGAAUCAAGGGACGAACAGAACGAGGCCAAGAAGGAAACCUUGGUGCCGGAAAUCACCGUAACGAGUCCGUCGAAGUCACCGAAGACACCAAAGAAAGGCAACAACGGUGGAAAGACAAAGACACCGACGAAAGAGGAAGAAAACUCUGCACAAGAAGAAAAGGAAGGGACUAAAAAAGAUACUGACGAAGUGGACUCAACGAUGUUGCACAGCAGCCGAUACGAUCAGCAAAUCGGUGAGGAGUCAACCAUUCACAAGAUGAUCCAUAGACUGUCAAACGACAGAUCACCUCCGCCGCAUCUACCGAGGACCUUGGUGACGCCGAGUCCUGGUUUCGGGCACAACAACAACAUGCCCUUCUCUUACACCCGACCGAACGAAUCGAGCCCCACGUCGCCACCAGGCGGUGUGAUUUACGCCCAGGUGCAGAUGGACAAGAAGAAGGCUCAGCGAAGUCACUCUGACAGCGAUGAGGGCCUCGGACUUGAGCGCAAGGAUUCAUCCAGGGAGAACAGUCCAGCGGAGAAAGAUUACAGGAGGGCCGACUAUACCUACAACAGUGAUCUGCACCGGAACAACGAGAUCAAUAGCUUCAAGUCGCGGUACGACGAGGAGAAGAAGAACGCGACAACGCACUUUGGUGAGUUCGCAAACAGCCGCGGUGAAUACGUAUCGAGAACGACCGAGUCGAAGCGCAUGCAUGAUUUGAACGAGAUUGAUCGCGGCCUGUUUGGCAAGCCGGAGAAGUACACGUCUACCGUAUUCGUGGAUACUUCUGACCGCGGAAGAGCCGACGGCAUGGAUUCCCGGCGCAAGGACAACGGCGAGUUCAAUGUCAGGUCCCAGCUGCAUGACAGGGGCUUUUCGAACAAGACGAGUGAGCUGAGUGCCAGGCGAGACCUGCUCGAGUCAAGGAUAAAGUCGAGACUACUGGCCGACGAGAUGUUCGCUGCGAAAAGCAACAAAGUGGAACACGAAAUAAUCGACAAGCCGAUCGUUCCAUCGCCGGUGAUACCGAAUCGCGUAGCAUCCCCGAAGAGGUACGUCGACACCUAUAUCACCGAGACUCGGACCAACAGCAACGGCGACAAGUAUAUAUUCGAGAAGGAGCUUCAUCAAGACAACGGGAAGGUUUACGGGUACGAGAAGAAGAUUACGAACAAAAUACCUGGGGAGACGUACGUUGAGCAAAAGCCGAGGGAUGGUUACACGGUCGAGACGAGAACAAACAAGUAUGGCGACAAAUAUAUCGUUGAGACCCGCACGCAUGAGAGUUAUGCGGAUGACUUCAAGCCCUUCCUAAGUGACAGAAGCAGGACCAGCCCGGAGGAAAGGUUUCAGACCGCCAGGAAUCUCGGAAGUCCCUACAAGCCGCCCGGCUACGUACUCGACGACAAUGUUGGACGCAGGUCCGAGUUCAAGGAGAACGUGUCACCGAUACUCACACCGAAGAAGUUCAGCGAUCACAAGCUCUCGAAGAGCGACGAUUUCCUGGACCGUGACGCGGGUCUAAUCCGCGACCCAUACUCAUCCAAGCCCAAGAAGAGUUUCGAGACCAUGCGCGGCAUCAGCAAGUCAUCUCAGCGGCUCGAUCAGAUCGGUGAGAACGCCAGAGUCAGGGCACUACGGAGUGAGUACACCACCAGGUCACACGAGAACUUGAGUACCGUCGACUACGUCAACGCCAGAGACCUUCGACGCUCAGUCUUGGAGAGUCCGCCCUUGGAGACGCGAAAGAUCGCCUCUCCACCGGUCGGUCAACACGUGGUCGAUCAUCUUCGGGAAAGGCCCAACGAUGACUACGACACAGACAUCUCUCAGCUGACCAACAGUCAACUAGGUAGCAAGUACUACAAGGAGACGAGGACCACCCAGCGGUACAUGGGCAAACACCCUCUUCAGGACGAGUACGACAGUUCCCCACCGCGGAUGCGUCCUGAUCGCGGCUAUAACUCCAGCCGGUACGACUCCGACACCACAGCGCGUGACUCUGUACGUCGAGAAACGAGAUACCUUCACCAGGAGGAGUCGACCCGGACGCUUCGCAAGGAAAGAAAGACGGAUGAUGAGGCAAAGAAGAUGGUCCGCCGGUCACGCAAUCAUCUCGAUUACUUUGACGACUCAGACGCUAGAGACAGCCUCCGUCGCGGCGUCAAGGUCGGUAAGGAAAGACAGGGGGGUUCCGGGCUUGAAACUUUCGACGAAAGUCCACCGGUCAGCCCAAGGGCCUUCCACGAGAGCAAGACGCGGCACACGCGCCACCAUGAGGCCAGAGGCCACUCCGAACGGAGACACAGGGAAAGUCGUCUGAGCGAUCCAGAUCGCAAGGACCGGCUGGCCGACUCUGGAAUAGAAAACGAUUAUCGCCGAGACUCCCAAGAGGCCGACCGUAGGGAACCUCUCGAGUCGGAGGACGAGGGCUUUGUGACGAUGCGGUUCAUCAGACACGAACGCAGGCAUACCGACAGGAACAUGGACCUGACACCGUCCGAGAAACGCAGAUACGACAAGUACGUCAGCGCCAACGGGGGCACAAAGUCUGUCACCUCAAAGCCACCCUCUGGUCUGGGCGACAAUAAGAAGUACGAGAAAAAAGUCACGAAGAAGAGCGGCAAAAGUGGAACUAUGAGCAAGGUCAAACAGUUGUUUAGUAAGAAGGAGAAGAAGGCCAAGGAGGAAUCCCAAAAGUCAUCGAAGAAGAACAACCGCAUCAGCAACAGUGGAGCCUUAACCGACGAUGAGGUCACUAUGAGAUACCGUGAAUAUCGUGGCGAUCAACUGAGGAGCGCCAAGAGCGCACGAGACUUGGACCACGAAAUCAACCAGGAGGAUUACAGUCGACGUAGACGUCUGUCUACCCCCAGCGGAAGUCCUAGUCCUCCCCGACCUGCAAGGCUUUCCCAAUCGACGGGGACCUUGACCAGAGAAGAGGAACCCUUUCGUGAAACGAAGAAUACUCUGACAAGAGAGAACCAGCCGCAAGAAGCCGAGAGCAAAGGGUGGUUCAAGUCCCUUUCCAGGAAAAACAAAUCGAACAUAAAGCAGGUGGACAAGAAGCCAAGAAUACCGGAAAGCGAAAUUCUAACGACCGGAACCGAGGACGAAGGGUCUUCCGUACCGGAGCGGACCUCGGUGCAAAAAAAUCUUCGUUUCUUCGGAGAUACGGACCAGGAAUCGGUAUCGUCAAACCGAGAGCGCAGAAACAAACGAGCAGACGAUCACACGAACAAUCUAAGGCGCGAUGCGACGAAUUCAAGGAGUCAUUCAGGCUCGGGACUAGUGGUGCCACCCAGGAAACCUCCCAGGCUUGCAGAGAGCGCCCUUUCAUCCGGCGAGAGUACAACCGGUGACAGCAGUCAACAGAGUCAAAAUUCCCAGCGCUCGCAAAGGUCCGUCGUUUAUCUUCACGCCGCAACUGUCGGAGAAAUCCCUGGACCAAACGAGAGACGCCGGGCUGCUAGCCGAGAGGAACUCAACAGACCGCUCCAUCCUCAGACAAGGACGGUAUCCAGGAGCGUAAGUGUCCUGGCACCGUGGAAACCGAGACAUUAUCGCGAACCUUUCGAGAUAAACUACGAGCAGCAGCAGCAGAAACCUGUACCAACUAUGCGCCGCAGACAUAGAAGCCGCGAAACCCUUAGUCGCCGCAGCAAGGACGCCCGCCGCAGCAGAGACAAUCUUUCAAAGACAGGUACAAUGAGCCGUAGCACACUUAAGUCGAAAGACAAGCAAAAAGUGGACAGAACGGUCUCGACAGAAUCCCUGGCCAAUAAAUCGAGAAGCGGAAGUUCGAGGCCAGAACUAAACCGAUCUACUUCGGUGCCGCGAGACCCAAACAAGAGUGCCGGGUGGUUCAAGCUGAAGAGCAAAAAAUCUAGGGCUUAAACGAAUCGCCGAUGACCAAUGCUAGUCUUGUCUUUCGUAAUUAAAGCGUAAUUUUAAGCGGUCGACGAUUACGUCGUAUCUGUAUCGUUCGCGAGAUAUAGGCGCAUGCUGUUAAUACCAACAUUCAAUAAUAUUGGUCAAUUUAUCGCGAUUUUUACAAACAGAUCGACCUGGAUAUAGUCACGAAAACAUUCACAUAUACGGGUUGUUUAUCGGAAACGGUGACCCGAUUACCUUAAUUACGAAAUAGUCUAAAAGAAUUGUUAUUUGCUACUGCUGUUAAUAAAAUUAAAAAAAUUAUGAGAAAGCUUUUUUUUCGAAAUUACUCGUGGAGUACAGUAUACACACGCAUAAGCUGCAAGAACUGAUUGCGCAUAUAAGUUGAGUAGCGUGCAAUUUGAACCAGCCAGUUGUGUUAAAAAAAAAAAAAAAAGGGAACUAAGUAAAUGAAAAUGCAGACUAAGAUCGACUGAAAAUCUUCUACCGUUUUAAUUUUCAAAUAAUACUGAGCAGCACUGAAUAAUACAGUGAAGAGAAAAAUCUAUCAAGUUCAUGAUCUCGCUCUUUUUCUCCAACUUUUAAUUACAUAUUUCUCUAUCUAAUUCUCUCUCUGAUAAAUUUAUGAAAGUAAAUUUUCACCAGAAGAAAGAACAUUGCAUGUGUGUUGUAAAAUUUUCUCGUCCCUAAUAGAAGUUACUGAAAUAGUUUAUCACAGGCACGAAAUAUUAAACUGCUCUGAAUAUUUACCCCUUAAAAAAGACUAAAUGUCGUUUGUCUCAUUUCUUUACGUUGAAAACCAUAAUAAUAGAUUCUCAAAUUUAACAUUUCCGUAACAUAUUUCUCACUUACCGUGAAUCAGAGUGCCAUUUCUGUAAAUCUUGUACAUGUACUCUACUUAAUAACAUAAUGAAUCAAAAUUACUGAAAAAUCAUCUACAUACUUAGGAUAUAAGCAUGAUGUGUUUGUCAUUAAUCUAUAAAUAUGUGGAAUGUCGUACAAUUAUUGUCCGUUAUAACGCUGUGUGAAUAAAUUUUGUAAGUAAAGGCAUUUAUGGAGACAGCUAAUUUAAGCAUGUGAUGCCUUUCAAAGAAUAUCAUUUAAUCCAGAAGAGACAAAACGUACUUAUAUAAUAAAUAUUAAAGAUUCACUUUACCACAUAUAUAAUUUUUUUCUGUUUUCUUUUUCUUCUAUGGCUUUCCGUGACAAGCAUGUAUAUUGUAAAUAUCUCGAUUAAUCUAAUUUAAGUUUUAACGUUUCUUUUUGUUCAUCAACUUACCGUUUAAUGUAACAGUAUAAUCAUGUAAUUUAUCAUCACUGAAAUUGUAAUUUCCCCCAUCAUUCAGAUGCUACAUAAUGCAGUAACAAGCAAGAUUUUACUCUGCAGACGUUUUUAUACAGAAAUUUGUAUGCUUCGAUUUACUGUUGAAUGAAAUUUCAAACAUCUUCAAGAUAUGUUGGUUUUUUUAAAAUCGGAUCGGUGCUAAGUGCGUGUCUGUAUAUAUAGAAGAGAACAGAAAUCCAAUAAAUUUGUAUGUAAAUACCAUAACCAUUAACGUGUAAUGAUCAAGUGUUAAAAUUACAUAGAAUUAUUAAUCUAGGCUGACAGUACUGCUAAUCGUACGAAGAGAAUGUUGAAAAUAAACAGGGAGGAGUGCGCUCCAAACCAAGUUAUACUUUGUAACACUAUAUAUGAAAUAAUUGAAAAAUAAAUAAACGUAAUUCCAGCUA